CAAUUGCGCUUAUUAUCCGGCGGCAUUUGUCUCGAUACAUUGGCGGCCGCUGACACCGUGGACAUUGUGGAUACCGGAGUUCAUGGGCUGCGGCACUUCGUUUGCAAGUAUAUUCCCGCUGUGCAGUUCACUGUCAGUCGAUGGUGCCCUCCGUACACUGAUCAGGAAUGUAUAAAUCUUAAGCCAACUUUAGGGGGUACAGGGUUAGCUAAUGCAAGCGAUAGAGAAGACCCAAUUGGUCUUGUUUCGGGUCUUUCAAAUCCUCUUGGUAGUUCAAAAGCUGCGAGUGGACAUGGUAUUGAGUUGAAAUCCACAAAUCGGCCUGACUGCUUUGAAUCUUCUGUUUCAACUGAGAGUGACGGCUCUAUAGGUGCGGGUCACUCUGAAUUGACUCGCUCGCCCGUUUCUCCCCUAGUGGCGUCCCGCCGUCAGACAGUGCUUUCUGCUUACCGGCGCCUCCACUCUCUCCUACAUCGUAGUGCUAAGCCUGUGCGCUUAGUUUAUCAGGCUGCAGGUACCGAAGUUUUCUUUGCCUCUGUAAGUCCCCUGCAUCCUACUCUACUGGCUACUUUCCCUUCUGUCUGUUAA